GCUCCACCUGCUUCUCCCCUCCAUCGGUCCAUCCGCCUUCCCGUGGUAUCCAUUCUUGGUUCUGCAAGUUCCUGCAUCACUUCAGCGUUGUGAGCAUCGAGUACUCCCUUCCGGCCUGCAUUGCAGGCAUUAGUGGGCGGCGAGAUGAGCAAUUUCUGUGAGUGCUGCAACAGAUACUGGACUCAUUUGCAUGGAAAGGUCAAGUGUUUCGUCACGCACAUGGAUAGACACUCCAGACAUAUCAUGGUCAUACCAGAGAGCUUUGUGUACUAUUUCGAGUGGAAGCUGUCAGGAACCAUCGAACUAGAAGCCCCCAAUGGUAAUGUGUACGAUGUCGGAAUUACCGAGCGUAGGAAUAAAACGGUACUCCGGUCUGGGUGGGAGGCAUUUGUCGAUGCCAAUCAUAUAGUAAAAAGAGACUCGUUGAUGUUCCGAUACCGUGGAAAUCGUCGGUUCGAAGUUGUGGUCUUUAAUUCUAGUGGUUGUGAGAAAGUGGUGUCAUGUACUGCUCGCAUACAGAGCAAUAUCAAUGAUCAAGAACGAAGCACAAAUUCUACAGACAUUUCAACAGGUUUCAGUUAUGGUAAUAAUCAUUUGUUGGCACGGCGAUCAGAUGAUUGCCAGACUGGAAGAUCAGGCUAUUGUCGAAAACGAGCAAGGAAAGAUGCAAUAUCUUCUCGGUCAGAGGAUUUGUCAGAGAACAGUCUAUGUGAGCAUGAAUCAUCUGAAUCCGAAGAUAUCGAACGUAUUAGAAUAAGACCCGAGCAAGAUGAUACACACCCAUACAUAAUGACACGGUAUGCCCGUCUAACGCAACUGCAGAAGAAGAAAGUUCUGAAGAAAGUUGAAGUCAUUGCAUCCGAUCUGCACAUCUAUGUCGCAGUCAUAACCAGGGCCAGUGUCCUCGGCUCCCUAACCUUUGCCACACAAUACUGUGACACGUACCUUCGGAAGGGGAGCCGGAGCUUGGUGUUCCAGACAAAGGGGAAGAGACAGCAAUGGCAUGGUGAGUUGCACGACAACAAUCGUGCCCUGAGGAUAACUGGAGGCUGGACUUCUUUUGCGAAGGACAACAACCUGCGGAACUGGGACAUCUGCCUCUUCGAGCUGAUGAAAAACAAUGGGGGACUGAAGAAGAUGAUGGUCUAUAUCAUUCGUCGUGAGAGUUGCUAGUUUCACUCUCUUGAAAAGAGGCACAGAGGUCUCUCCUCUUUGUGCUGGCAUUUUGUAUGUAGCUGAUGAGGAUCUAUCCUGCUUUUGUGAUAUGGAAGUAGAACUAUGGGCAUGGCCAUUCUCUGGAGUGAGUAAGAAACCUAUAUCUGUAGUGGCUUUUUAAACAGAUUAUGAUUUCUUA